AUGCUUUGGGGGCGAUGUCCGGGCGCAUCUCUCCUUCAUUUGGCCGCGCUCUCCCUGCUUGCGGCUGGAGAAGCGGCACCGGAGCGCUCACAGCCAAUAUGCCUGGCAAGGGGCUGGCGGGAUACAGAGGCCGAGUUUAUUCGCUGGCCUAUCUGCGUGGAGACCCGCUGGAGUAGGGCAGGAACUACUGUCACUGGCGGAUCCUCCGUUACGGUGUCGACGAUUUCAGACAUUCCGUCGCCGAGCAGCACCGCCAGUCCUGCCGCUGGACAACAACACUCCGGUCCAGAGCAAGAGCUGGACACGGAUUCGCCCCUCGAUAACGCCAAGUUCCUCUCCUUUGAAGAUUGGAAGAAGCAGAAUCUAGCAAAGGCUGGCCAGUCGGCGGAGAAUGUGGGGGGUAAUCGGUGGACUGGCGUGGCAGGGAACGAGGGCCGACGACGGCCUACGGGGAUCAACAACGCGCUGGAUUCGCUGGGAGAAGACACGGAAAUUGAGCUUGACUUUGGUGGGUUCGGGACUGACACUCCCGAGGCCGCGCAACCGCCGUCGUUUAGCUCGGGGGUGCACAUGGGAGAAAGCGUGGGGACGAUUGGUAGCGGACGUGGUGGAGAUGGGGGUGCCCCGUCUCCUGGGGUUCUGCGGUCAGGCACAUCGCGUAGGAAAGAUGCCGGGAUUACGUGCAAGGAGCGGUUCAAUUACGCCUCCUUUGACUGCGCUGCUACGGUGCUCAAGACGAACCCCGAGUGUCAGGGCUCGUCUUCCGUGCUGAUCGAGAAUAAAGACAGCUACAUGCUUAAUGAGUGUCGGGCUAAGAAUAAGUUCCUGAUUCUCGAGCUGUGUGACGAUAUCCUGGUGGACACCGUGGUUCUUGCGAACUACGAGUUCUUCAGUUCCAUCUUUCAUACCUUCCGGGUCAGUGUCUCGGAUCGCUACCCGGCAAAACCGGACCAGUGGAGGGAACUGGGGAUUUUUGAAGCCAGGAAUACCCGUGAAGUUCAAGCUUUCGCGGUGGAGAACCCGUUGAUCUGGGCUCGGUAUCUGAAGAUUGAGUUUCUGACGCACUACGGAAACGAGUUCUAUUGCCCUCUGAGUCUCAUCCGCGUCCAUGGAACAACUAUGCUGGAGGAAUACAAGCAUGAUGGUGAGGCUAGUCGAGUUGACGACGAGAUAAUUGACGAGUCUUUGGAGCCGGACCAUGCCGUCAUUGACGCGGAGAUUGCAGAGUCAUCUGAUAGUCCGUCUGACGUGGGUGCAAAGACUCGUGAAGGUAUGGGCAAGGAAGUGCAGGCUCAAAUCGAAGAGACUUGCCCGAACCCUGCACAAGGGCUUGAGCGGCUUCUGGCGAGUUAUCUAGAUCUCGAGACGUGCAGUGCGCAGGAUACACCGACAAGACCUGCUGGGCACGAAAGAGCUGACGUAGCUGUUCAACAUCACUCGCCUCCGAGGGACACCAUGCCCUCGCGCGAGGAUUCUGUCCCUAUUGUGCCCGGUUCAGAUAAUGGUACCAAAGAAGCAGCCGAUGCUCGACGAGCUGCUGGACAGUCCGGGGCAGACGGCGUCCCUUCCCCCGCUUCGACGGCAACCAUGUCUGAGACUGUGCAGCACGAUGCUACAACGGAAGCAGACCAGAAAUAUACAGCUCCAUCCCAGGAAGAGCAAGUUCCUCCAGUAGAAUCAACCAAAUUCUCCGCAACUCAACCACCGUCGCCUAACCCGACUACACAAGAGUCGUUUUUCAAGUCUGUCAACAAGCGGCUGCAAAUGCUGGAGUCGAACUCGACUUUGUCUCUUCUGUACAUUGAGGAGCAGUCGCGUAUUCUGCGUGAUGCGUUUAGCAAAGUUGAGAAGCGCCAGUUGUCGAAAACCUCUACCUUUUUGGAAAAUCUAAACGUGACUGUUUUGAACGAACUGAGACAGUUCCGCGAACAGUAUGAUCAGGUCUGGAAGACGGUUGCCUUGGAGUUUGAGAACCAGCGCAUCCAAUAUCACCAGGAGAUGUUCUCCUUGAGCGCGCAGCUGGGUGUCCUGGCAGACGAACUUGUCUUUCAAAAGCGGGUCGCUGUGAUCCAAAGCAUCAUGGUCCUCUUCUGCUUUGGCUUGGUCUUGUUUUCUCGGGGGGCAGUGAGCAGCUAUAUGGAGUUCCCCAGCGUGCAAAACAUGGUGUCUCGAUCCUACAGCUUACGAUCGUCAUCUCCGCCAUUUAGCUCGCCCUCCAUGAGUCCAGGUUCUACCAGGCCGGCAUCCUCAUAUCGAGGCGGCCACAGGAGGAAUAUCUCAGACGACACGCAGGACAGUGCGCCGAGUCCCACUAUUGCAUACUCGCCGCCAACACCAACGUCGGAGACAUCAGCACCAUUGGAGUCGAUAGAGAAACGUGAACCGUCGUCCUCCCCUGGCGAUCUAGAAUUACCAGACAUCGAGCAUCCUCAGUUGCGGUCGCAAAGCAGCCCUCCCGUCUUGAAGGGCGGCGAAGACACCGACGACGGGGAUUCAGAGGCAUCUGGAUCAGUGGAGGCGUGA